GAAGAAACACGCCACGAUACAGGACGCAAAUCGUCGGUGGGCAUCGAUCCUGUGGUGGCAGUGGAUCAGUGCGCAGCGCGCGCAGAGCAGCCGCUGGGCCUUUCAAUCAAUGGAUGUAUUUGUGAGAGCCGUUGUAGGUUAAGGUUUGCAGUUUGUGUGUGCGUGUGUUUGUGCGUGUUUGUGUGCGUGUGCGCUGCCGUGGAAGUGACUGCAGAGAUUAAAAGGAGAAGAGGAGCUGCCGAGACGCAGGAACCGCGAGGCGGACGCUGGAGAUUCACCUCAGACACCAGGAACCACGCAGGACACCAGAUGCCGCGCCGUCCUCCGCUCCCUUCCUGUGACGCUGUUUCUCGAAGGCCUCAUCGGGCUUAAACGGAUCAAUUACAAUCAACAGAGAUCCUCUCUGAGUUAAUGUUAGCUGCCCCGGCUCACUCACUCCCGCCUUCAGCCCCACCGUCUUUCCAACUGUUGCUAAUAAUAUUCCAGAUAUAAGUUGAACGAACAGUUUUUGUGGCGGAUACUGCGAGGAACCGAUCUUCAACAUGCCCGUGGCAACAUCCAGCUCUGACUCGGCGCUUGUCUUUAAAAGUGAAGAGAUGUCCCAGACAGCUCUGCUGAGCAGUCGGAAAGUGUUUACCAUGCAUCAGGCCCUGGACACGCUGAGUGACAGCACGAGCUCCACAACCGCCAACGACCUGGAUCUCAUCUUCCUCAAAGGCAUCAUGGAGAGUCCAGUGGCCCAUGAGCGAUUAGAGGAGCCCAAACUGGAGGCUGUGAGAGAGAACAACAUGGAGCUGGUUCAGGACAUCCUCAAAGAGCUGAGUCCACUCGCACAGAUCAGCCAGGCGGCCGACGAGCUGCUCCACAUCCUGAAGGAGCCCCACUUCCAGUCUCUCCUGGAGACCCACGACUCUGUGGCGUCCAAAAACUACGAGACUCCGCCCCCCAGCCCCUGUUCAUUCAUGGAUGCAGCCCUCAACAACCAGCCUGUGCCUCCAGACGCAGUCAGGAUGGUGGGGAUCCGGAAGGUGUCCGGUGAGCAUCUGGGGGUAACAUUUCGCGUGGAGAGCGGUGAGCUGGUCAUUGCCAGGAUCCUCCACGGUGGCAUGAUCGACCAGCAAGGCCUGCUCCAUGUGGGCGACAUCAUCAAAGAGGUGAACGGCAAGGAGGUGGGCAACGACCCCAAAGUUCUCCAGGAGAUGCUGAAGGAGGCCAGCGGCAGCGUGGUGCUGAAGAUCCUGCCCAGCUACCAGGAGCCACACACGCCAAGACAGGCCUUCGUGCGAUGUCACUUUGACUACGACCCGACUCACGAUAACCUGAUCCCCUGUAAGGAGGCAGGACUGAGCUUCAGGAGUGGUGACAUUCUGCAGAUCUUUAACCAGGAGGAUCUCAACUGGUGGCAGGCUUGUCACAUAGAGGGAGGCAGCGCGGGUCUAAUUCCCAGCCAGCUCCUCGAGGAGAAGAGGAAAGCUUUUGUGAAGCGAGAUCUGGAGCUCGCUACCACAGGUCCUCUGUGUGCCGGCAUGGGAGGCAAGAAGAAGAAAAAGAUGAUGUAUUUGACCACUAAGAAUGCAGAAUUUGAUCGGCAUGAGUUGCGGAUCUAUGAAGAGGUUGCAAAGGUCCCGCCCUUCAGGAGGAAGACGCUGGUUCUGAUUGGUGCACAGGGGGUCGGACGUCGCAGUCUUAAGAACAAGCUGCUGGUGUCUGAUCCCCAGCGGUAUGGCACCACUAUGCCAUUCACCUCCAGAAAACCAAAGGUGGACGAGAGGGACGGUCAGAUGUACUCUUUCAUGACCCGCGCUGAAAUGGAGUGCGACAUUAAAAAUGGCCGUUUCUUGGAGCACGGCGAGUACGACGCCAACCUGUAUGGGACCAAGAUUAGCUCCAUUCACGAGGUGAUAGAGACAGCAAAGAUCUGCAUCCUGGAUGUGAACCCACAGGCUAUCAAAGUCCUGCGGACAUCAGAGUUCCUGCCCUACGUUGUAUUCAUUGAAGCACCAGACUUUGAAGUUCUCAAAGCCAUGAAUCGUUCAGCAAUUGAGUCGGGAGUGAUCACAAAACAGCUAACGGACUCUGAGCUCAAGAGGACGGUGGACGAGAGCGAGCGCAUUAAAAGAGCCUAUGAACACUACUUUGACCUCUGCAUCGUAAACGACGGCCUGGAGGCGGCGUUCCGAACCCUGCGCUUGGCGCUGGACAAACUGGCGUCGGAGCAUCAGUGGGUUCCUGUCAGCUGGGUCUUCUGAGAGUCACUGAGAGCCACAGCGCAGAGGUCGCUGGACAAUUUAGCCGACAGUCGCCGUGCGGGCGUUGGUCGUUGGAGGUCGAGCAUCAUAUUUCCGUGCACUAGCCUCAUGUAGAGCGUUUUUGUACAAACUUAGUGUUCCUCCGUUGAGCCCAACGUCAAGUUGUAUUUUAUGUCGGAAUUGGAAUAAAUCUCUUGAUAUUUGUUUAGAA